AUGAGUCAACCACUAGGAUUCGUUGAUCAAAAAUAUCCUGAACAUGUCUGUUUGUUGAAAAAGGCACUGUAUGGUCUCAAACAAGCUCCUAGAGCUUGGCUUGAAAGGUUCAGUCUAUAUUUGCUCCAUCUUGGAUUCAAAUGCAGUAGAGCUUAUUCAUCCCUAUUCACUCUUCAUAGUUCAGAAGGAACAAUAUUACUACUGCUAUAUGUAGAUGACAUAAUUGUGACAGGCAGCAACUCUAAGCAAAUGGAUGUGAUUGUGAGAAAGUUGGGCACUGAAUUUGCUAUGAAGGACCUUGGACAACUGAGUUUUUUCUUAGGUGUUGAGGUGAAUUACUUUCCAGGAGUAAUCCACUUGAAUCAACACAAGUAUGCAAAUGACUUGCUCAAGAAAGUGGACAUGACAAACAUUAAAGUUGUUCAUACUCCUUUGGCUCAGAAGCAUGGUUUACAAGAAACUGUUGGGACUGCAGUUGAUCCCUCAUUAUACAGGAGUAUUGUGGGAAGCCUGCAAUACUUGACAUUAACCAGGCCAGAUAUAAUCCAUGCUGUGAAUCUUGCAAGCCAGUUUAUGCAAAAUCCCAACUCUGUGCACCUACAAGCUGUGAAAAGGAUAUUGAGGUAUGUGAAAGGAACUAUCAGCUAUGGACUUUGUAUCACAUCUCAGUACUCCUUCAGACUAUAUGGGUUCUCAGAUGCAGACUGGGCAGGUUGUGCUACAACAAGAAGAUCCACCACUGGUUAUAGCAUAUAUCUUGGUGCAAACUGUGUGUCCUGGUCUUCCAGGAAGCAAAACACAGUUGCAAGGUCAAGUGCAGAAGCUGAAUAUAGAGCUUUAGCUGCCACAACAACUGAACUCACAUGGAUAACUUACAUUCUGCAAGAUAUUGGAAUAUAUGUAAAGUCUGCUCCAACCUUGUUUUGUGACAACAUGAGUGCACUAUACAUGACUACAAAUCCAGUGUUGCAUGCUAGAACCAAGCAUAUAGAACUGGAUUAUCACUUUGUGAGAGAAAAGGUAGCUCAAGGUCAGCUAGUCACUCAGUUUGUUAGAUCUAAGGAUCAGCUAGUUGAUGUUCACACUAAGGCUUUACCAAAGGAUCGGUUCAGGUUCUUCAGAGACAAGCUAAGAGUGGUGCAUGCACCACCACUAAGCUUGAGGGGAAGUGUUGAAGAUCAUGAUAGAGAUGAUCAUGAUAAGGUUCAUGAUAGGAUUAGUUAG